AGUCAAUUAAAAGUUUAUAAUAGUGUCUGAAUAGUAUCUAACGUAUUAUUAUUAUUAUUAUAUAUACACGCGCUGUGUCGUCUAUGGCAGUACCGUGCGAUAUUUCGCGUGUGUGUUGACGCCACUGCUGCUGCUGCCGCCGCUGAUGCUUCUAUUAUACACGGCAGAAACCCGUGUGUGUGUAGUCCUCGUACGUAUAUAUAACUAUACUCUCUGCAGCCGAAAACGAAGAGGAGUUGACGAGUUUCCGUCGAGAAUUGGGUGAGAGAGCAGCUACUGCAUCGCUUCCGUGCAUCGCUGCUACUGACGAGCUACCGCUUUCAGAGCUGCGCACAGUAGUGGAUACGUGUUUGCCGGGGGAACAAUUUCGAUGGACCUCGAAGCUCUUUCGCCAGCUUGAUUGUGCAAUUACACGGAGCGAGAGUAAGAGAGAUAAAAAAAAAAUGCAAAAGUAAUACCCUCGAUCGCAGCGAUGUUACAUCAUCCACGUAGUCACGAUAAAUCUCGAGCUCGUGGAAAGCUCGGCUCUUGGGUCAAUAUCGAAAAUGAAGACGCUCCUCGAGUAUCAUCCUCGUCGCCAUCGUUGCGGCCUCAGUACCAGCAUCAGCAGCAGCAACAGUGCCCGAGUAAUAAUAAACGAGCGGCCGCAGCCGUGGCGAACGCAGCGGGUCGCUUUAAAUCAUCAUCCUCGUCCAACGUGAUGCGCUCGCACGCGAAUGCGCACGAGGUGAUCCCUCUGUAAAUCUCGGCAGGGAUUUUUAUGCAACAUAGAGCACGACGACGACGACGAUGCCUGGCCUCGUCGUUUUUCGUCGCCGAUGGAGCGUCGGCAGCGACGAUCUCGUUGUGCCCGGCGGAUUUUUGUUUCUUCUUCACAUUGUCUGGAUCGUGAUACUGGCCGUUUACGUGGGCAUAUCGGAAUGGGAUCGGAGCGUCCAGUGCGUCCUGCUGCUGUGGCACUACUUCAUCGGCUAUCUCGUGGUGUUCGGCUGCUCGAUGGCCACCGAGUUCUCGAUUUGCGCGCUGGCCACGCGCGGCAGCAUACUCGACACCAAUGCCCGCGCGCCCAUGCAGUAUCUCCUCUACGUCCGACUUCUUUUAAUUCUGGUCGAGGCUGCGUGGCUCUGCGCUGGCGUCACGUGGCUCGCGAAAUUCUACCUGGAUUGUCCCCUGGCGGAUCGGAUGAAGAGCGUCAUGCUGGGCUUGGUGGUAUCGAACUGUUUAAUACUGGUCUCGAUACUGACGACGGUCUGGUGCGUUUACGACACGGCCGGCCGCUCUUGGGUGAAGAUGAAGAAGUACCAGCGCAGCAUGCGCGAGGCCGAGUCGCGCGGCAAUCGCAUGCACUACAAGCGCAGCGGCAGCAAUCGCAACUGGCGCCAGCGCAAGGUCAUACGCGCCUACCAGGACAGCUGGAACAAUCGCUGCCGCAUGUUCUUCUGCUGCAUCGGCAAGUCGGACAGAAACAGGAACUCGUUCACCGAGAUAGCGCGGCUGCUCAGCGACUUUUUCCGCGAUCUCGACGUGGUGCCGUCGGACGUCGUGGCGGGCCUCGUGCUGCUGCGCAAAUUCCAGAAGAUCGAGCGCGAGCUGAUCGUGAAGCAGCGCAAGAACGACACGUACGAGUUCCUGUCGGGGGUGCCGGUGACGCCCCGCACCAAGUUCCUCUCGCUCACCGAGGACGGCGACCUCGGCCACUUCCAGUCGGCCAUACACUACAUGCACUUCGCCCUGGCGGCCUACGGCUGGCCGCUCUUCCUCGUCAAUCACUCGACCGGCCUGUGUCAGCUCUGCACGAGGCUGAGAUGCUGCUGUCUGCCGUGCACGCGGAGCAGCGAUGACGCCAUCAUCGUCGAGGACAACUGCUGUCAGUGCAAUUACGCGGCGCUGAGGCGCAUGGUCGAGAUCGGCGAGGUCGACGUGCUCUACGCCACCUUUCACGUGGACGUCAACGAGACGCCUUUCUUCGUCGCCCUCGAUUAUACCAAGAAAAAAGUGGUGGUGAGCAUACGCGGCACCCUCAGCAUGAAGGACGUGAUGACGGAUCUGAACGCCGAGGGCGAAGUGCUGCCGCUGCAGCCGCCGCGCGACGACUGGUACGGCCACAAGGGCAUGGUCCAGGCCGCCGAGUACAUCAAGCGCAAGCUCGACGAGGAGGGCAUCAUCGCCAAGGCCCUGGCCAAGGACCCGGAGCGCGGCACGCCCGACUUCGGCCUGACCCUCGUCGGUCACUCGCUGGGGGCCGGCACCGCCUCGAUACUGGCCAUCCUCAUGCGCCAGGAGUAUCGGGAUUUGCAGUGCUUCGCGUACGCGCCACCCGGCGGACUGCUCAGCAUGCCCGCCCAGGAGUACACGCAGGAGUUCAUCACGUCGGUGGUCGUGGGCAAGGACGUCAUACCCAGGAUCGGGCUGAGACAGAUGGAGAGCCUCAGAGCCGACCUAAUUAACGCCAUCAAGAGGAGCGUCGACCCCAAGUGGAAGACGAUAACGUGCUCGGUGAUGUGCUGCGGCUGCGGCACCAUACCCACGUCGGCGGCGAAUCUCGAGGCCGGUGGUUGCAUCAGCGAGUACCAGCGCGACAAGGAUCUGGCGCGCAGCGAGGCCGUCGUGCCCACGGACUCGACCAUCGCCCUCACCCUGCACAGGCCGCUCUAUCCGCCCGGCAGGAUAAUACACGUCGUCAGGCAUCAUCCCAACAAGGGAGAGCAAAAGUACGAAUCUCGUUGGAGACAAGUGCUGAGGAAGCGCGAGCCCGUCUACCAGGCGCUGUGGGCCCGACCGGCGGACUUCGACGAGGUCCUCAUAAGCCCGGUCAUGAUACAGGACCACAUGCCCGACAACAUGCUCAAGGCCCUGAACAAGGUAAUAACGACUCUGGGCCCAGCCAAACCGCAGCGAGUCGUGUCGGGCCGUAUCUCGUCGUCGGCCGAGUCCUGCGCGCUUCAUCACGGCCACGGCAUCGGCCACGACUUUCCGGACAUCGAGGUCGAGCAGGAGAUGCGGGCGCUGCUGGCCUCGUCGAGCAGUCCGGUCAGCAAGCCCCUGUCGAUGGGCGGCACGACGAGACGAGCCCCGCCGCCGCGACUCCCGAUAAGCACGAGCAGCGCGGGACCGACGCCCAAGCGCCGACUCUGCCUGGAGACGAGCUUCACCAGUCUGCAGAGCCCGAUGACGGACAAUUAUCCGCAGAUCGGCCGCGAGCUCAGCGUCGACUCGAGGGGACUGCCCUGGGAGUACGUGAGCAUGGCCGGCGACAUACUGGCGUCGCCCAUUAGACAGGACGAGCUCUUCAAAGCGGACUGGACGAAUCUCGGUCGGCUCGCGCCUCUGGCGACGCCCGAGACCCUGUCCGAGGGCUCGGGCAGCGGGCCGCCGUCGCCGCUGCCGGCCUGCCAUCGGCCGAUGAUGCGCAGAACGCCCAAGAUUCCGGGAAACUUAUCGACGGCGGCGGACGACCUGAAGAACAACCUGCACUUCGCGAUGCUCACAGCCAAGAACUACUACCUGAGGCCGGGCCAGCAGCAGCAGCCGGCCCUGUCGGUGGCCAGCAACAGCAGCAGUAACAGCGGCCAGAACAGCGAGGCCAGCUACGAGGGUCCGAAGGCGCAGGGUCCGCCGCCGCCAGUACCCAGAAGACGAGACUCCGUCCUGGUCAGCAGGGAGCACAGAGUGUGCACCGCGGCCUGCUGCAGGGACGACCUAUCCGAUCCAAAUUCCUCGCCGCACUCGUCGAGACUCGGCAAUCCGGUGCACAUCGACUUCCCCGAGGAGGACAACGACAUCAACGGCUCCAGUCUCGAUUUCUACGAGGCAAAGAUCAAGGACAGCAGCGACGUGUUGCUGAGCGUGCGCAGCUCGCCGGGCUGCAAGAGCCUCAUGGCCCCUGCGACGGACGCCGGCGCCGAGUGGAGGCGCAACGACAAGCUCGACGCCUCGUUCUGCGGCUCGUCGUCGUGCGACGCAUCGCUGCCGCUGCUACGAGGCCUGUCGCCGACUCCGCACACGGGCAGUCAGCACGCCACCGGCAACUCGCCCUUCUUCAACGCCAAACGCAAGAAAUACGUCUACCCGAUCACCCUCGUCGGUCACGGCGAGAGCAGCGUUUAAACGAAGCCGCUGAUGUGUAAUUUAUUAGGAUCGUGUAAAAAAUAAAUUAUCAAGCAUUUUUAAUCGGUGAUUCGUCGCGAGACAUCUAACCUCCUCGAUCAUCCAUUUUUCAACAAGAAUCAGUUUGUAUAGAAAAAAAAUUCGUCAUUCCGGAAGGCGUGAGAAUCUAACCAGGUAGCUCUGGCGUUAAUUUUUCAUUUUAUAGUGUACAUAGGAAACUCUUAGCUCGAUAAUUUCACUGUGCCAAAUUAUCAGAUGGGUAGUCUCUCUACAUGAUGUAUCUUUAAGUGCGCAUCCCACGCGGAAAUUGUUUACUCUGCGUUGCGGUGCACAAGUAUUAAUUUGUUCGUACCUCGAUUGGGAAUGCAAAAAUUUAAUUAUAGUUUUAGUACCUAAUCGAUUCUGGAAAUAUGUACGUGAAUUUUAUUUUUGCACGUUCUCUGUACAAAACGAGUCUAAUUUAACUAAAAAAAUUUGAUCGUUUUGUUCGUAUGUGUCACCACAAUUUUAUUACAUCGAUAACAGUGUACAUAAUUCAAGGGUAAUUUUCAAAAUUUGUUAAUUUGAAUUUAGUGUAAAUUCGAUUCUCGUGUAUUUGUAAAUGAACAAAGAUAACAAUUUUAAUUCAUCGUUUCAAAGUGAAACGGCGAGAGCACAGAUGUUUUAUACAUAAAAUUAGAGAACACCGAGCACAUAAUAUUACAUAGACGGUCGCAGAUGUCGUAGAAUACGUCAGGGACCAUACGUAAAAAAUGUAAAAAAUUAACGUUAAUUCGUAAGACGCAUGUAUACAAAUUAUUAUAAUGUUCAAGAUUUUCUGUAUGAUUAUAAGAAAUUUCCUUACAAAAUUCACACAGAUCUUCCAUCCAUUUUUUACUUACUAGUAGUUCACUGUAUUCAAAUUAUCACAGCAAUAUAGAUUUUAAGUUUCGUAUAACGAUUUAUGUAAUGCAAUGUAAAAGAUAUUUUUACUAGUCAGCUAGAACAGUGUUCACUAGCCAUGAUAUUGAUAUCGAAAGCAAUUUUAUUUGAUCGAGAUGUGUUAUUUAUUAUUAUCUGUAAUCGGUAAAUUCUUAAGAUAUGUAUUUAUGUAUAAAAUAAAUCAUACAUUGAAAAAAUUAUACAAUAUUGAUAAUAAUACUGGCACGGAGAAAGUACUUUAAAAUCAGUAGAUCAUACAUACCACUAGAUUAU